GUACGAGUUUAAAAACAAAAAUUAUGACCUUGCAUUGAACAGUAGGUUUCCCGACUUGAGUGACCUCCACAUCGCGCAAUGAAUUUCGCCGGAAAAGUAGUUUUAAUCACGGGUGCAAGUUCUGGAAUUGGUGCAGCGACCGCUAAACAGUUCGCGGGUCUUGGUGCAAACUUGGCCCUAGCUGGAAGGAACCUAGAUAACCUCAAAGAAGUGGCCUCACAAUGCAACUCCCCUAGCAACAAACCUCUUCUCUUGACUGGAGAGCUCACCAACGAAAAAGACACCGAGGAUAUCCUUCAGAAGACCAUAUCCCACUAUGGUCGUCUCGACGUCCUUGUUAACAACGCCGGAAUUUUGGAAACGGGCAGUAUCGAAACGACGAAUUUGCAACAAUAUGAUAGACUUAUGAAUACAAACGUACGCUCCAUAUACCACUUGACGACAUUAGCAGUCCCGCAUUUGAUUAAAACGAAGGGAAAUGUUGUUAAUGUUUCCAGUGUUAAUGGAAUCAGGGCUUUUCCCGGAGUUCUGGCUUACUGUAUGUCGAAAGCGGCCGUUGAUCAUUUCACCAGAUGUGCAGCUCUUGAUCUAGCUUCAAAACAAGUAAGGGUCAAUGCUGUUAACCCAGGAGUCACUAUCACUAAUUUGCAUAAGAGGGGUGGAAUGAAUCAGGAACAGUAUGAAGCUUUCAUAAGGAAAAGUCAAGAAACCCAUGCUCUGGGAAGACCCGGAAAACCGGAAGAAGUCGCAAAAACCAUUGUUUUCCUAGCUAGUGAUGAUGCCAGUUUUAUCACUGGGGCCACACUGCCUGUGGAUGGUGGCAGACAUGCCAUGUGCCCCCGAUAAUUAUUAUUUACCCAAUUUUUCUAUAUUUUUAUUUUGGUUUAAUAAACACUGUUGCAUUUUA